CGGCGGCGUGCUAAGAAUGUCUUGAGCGACACGCAACUACUCACAGCAUUCCCCUCGCCGUGCUUGUGCUUCUUCCAGCAGCGUUCCAGCGUCCGGUGUCAGGGAUCGAGCGAGACCUGGGGCCCACAUGAUAACUAACCGGAACCGACUAAGCCAACCCCACCUCCUCCUCCUACAAAUACCCACCGCCGGCAAUGCCAUUGCCACCUUCGGCUUCCAAUCCAAACGCGAGCAAUCCUAGAGCAACGCGAGCGAACAGAAAGCCAGAGCAAGAGAGAGCGAGAGGAGGUGAGGCAAGACGCAAGGAAGGGGAAGAGGAGGAGCGAAGGCGCCAUGGUCGACGACGGCCGCAUCGCCGGGAUGGCCAUCGGCACCGCGGUCGGGGGCGCCUCCAUCGCGCUCUUGGCCGGCGCGAGCUGCUGGCUGGGCAUGAAGGCCUACCGCGACGGCCGGUUCUCGAGAGGAUGGCGGCGGGUGCGCGUCUGGGCGCUCGGCGGCGUCACCACCCUGGGCCACGCGCUGGCCUACGACUGCGCCAUGUGCGGCCACAGCCUGGACCAGCGGGAGGCGGUCCGCACGCUCUCCUGCGGCCACGUCUUCCACCUCCGCAAGGGUCCCAAGUGCGGGAGCAACAUCGACGACUGGCUCCGCGAGAACCGCAUGCGCUGCCCGGCCUGCUGCCAGCCCGUCCACCCCGUGUUGCCGUGGAAGGCGCCGCCGACAUCGGCGCCACCGCCCGCGCCCGUGCCACUGCCAGCGCAGUGGGAGCCAUCGUCGUCGACUUCGGAUUUGGAGGCCCAGGAGCCGCGGCGGAUGGCGAUGGAGCAGGGGCCACCGCGGCGGCUGGCGUUGGACCAGGGGCGACCACGGUACCCGCCGUCGAUGUGGUUCCAGGACGCGCUACUGUAUGGGUCGCCGCCGCAGUAAAGACACAUCAUCGAGCUUGGAUGGGACGGUGUUGGAGCGUCUUUUGGGGCCCGUCUGGAUCACUUCUUCAAGAGGUUCUUCAACGAUUCUUUCGUCGUUUCUGUUUCUGCAUUCCUGGAACUGAUCAAAGGGUAUUGCAUGCAUCUCGUCUGAUGGUCUGGAUCGGUUGUCGAUGGAGUCCUUCGUUGUUUCUGUCGUUUGCUUCCUUGGAACUGAUCGAGUUUAACUUGUGAUGAACAAAGCAUCUGAAAGUGGCUAUGCAACUACGAUAUGUUAGUUCUUGGCUCAGUUUCAAUGAUCUGAUGAAAGCUAAUAGAUUCUUGUUAAUUGAUUAGGCAGUUUGUACCAUUUCCUUGUGCCCCACUGUGGAAAUUGAUACGGCUGAGUGAGCAUAUUGGGAUGAGAAUUGAAGGAUUUUGGUAUAAAUUUUUCGCCAUAAUGUUUUCUAGUUUCUUGCAAUAGUGCAUCUGUGCAUGAAA